AUGGGUAUCCAUUUUGCCUACCGUUCCGCUCCAUCCUUGCUCAUCGUCGUCUACCACUCACAGCUUCGGAGACUUGGGUUCGACGCGUGCCAUCCCGGGCAACAGCGGCCAUCUAGCCUGUUCACCCUGACGUCCCACCUCCUCUCUGUGGUGCGGAAGCCAAUGCGGGUCGAGCGGCCGGAGUGCACCCGGGACGAGUACCUCACCGCCUUCACGGCGGUGACGACGUACGCGCCACCGCCGACAGUCGUGCAACGGCGUCGCGUCGUCAGCGGACUGCUGCCUCGAGAUGGCCCCGACCUCUCCCCCAUGCGCGACAGGACACCAGGCGACGUCAAGGUAGGAAGUGUGCAGCGACGACAAACGGCCUUUCCCUGGCGCACGCUGUCCCCGCAGUUCGAAAUGCGGGCGUCGAGGUUUGAGCUCGCGUUGCCCCACCCUAUGCCCGGUUGA